AUGAAGGGAACUUCGAUAUUUCAAUUUAAGUCAUGGCCUAAGAUCCAUCAGCCGCUGCCAAGAACACCAAGAGAAUCUAAACAGCUCCUCGACGCGCUGACCUCUUCGUUUCGACGUCAGCUGGAUAAUGCCUAUCCAGCAACCAAUGCCCCCAGGCGUGAUGCCGAUCGGCCGCCCUUGAAUGCCAGUUCGUCUGUUCAUGCAACCGAUCAGCAUCUGCAGAAUAUAUUGGAGAAUCCGCUUUUUCGAAUUGUUCCUCCAAAGACAUACCCUCUCGACCGCCUUGCUCGGGAAAAUAAUAAACAGAAACGUCUCGCAGAAGACCCCAUGAGGGUUUUUGAUGAACGAGUAGCUUCGGGGACUGUGACCCUACCAGUUAUUUUCAACUGUCUGAUGUUCCAAUUUCGUCUCGUCAGUUCUUCUAGCGAAAGUGACACCGUCAAAGCGAUGAAGUCUUCUCGGGCCGGCUCAAAAGUGGUUGAGUGGUUUUGGGCCUCGGAUGGCGCAUCUCGACAGGAGCUACUGGGCUCAACCUCCGCGCUGCCAACUCUAGCCAAAUUCAUGGUUUCUGAGGGUCUCCAAGAUACCAUAAUCGAUUGGCUGAGGCUGAUCCUAUCGCGGGACCUUGGUGGUCGCGAUGGUCAAAUCACAGAAGCGGCAGCUCAAAAGUACUUCCGACAGCUUUUACUCAAUCUUGUUGAUGCGGAAAUGACUUACGGUGGUGGCUUCCCAUCUGCAUUGAAGUACUAUCUGCGAGUGUGUCAGAUCCAUGCUACUUCUCCCCACCACCAAUCGAGAGCGUCGGCUGUGUCUAUGCUGAUGCCUGCCGGUGCUCAUCUGAAUGGAGCUUCCAUGAAUACGAAGAUUUCUAGUGAGCAUGUCACGGCUUACAGCUACGAUGAAUACAAGGAAAUUGUGGCGAACCUUACCUCUACUCGAUCUCUGGUAUUUGCGAGUGUGGCAUUUUACCAUCCCCAUACUCCUGAUGUCCAGCCUCUGCUCCAUUUCGUUGAGAAGUUGACACCAGCUAAGGUAGCAGACUACUCCAAACCACGCCAAGAAAUUCUACUUCGCAUCACCUGCGAUGUUCUCCGUGUGUUGAUAGACCAGGAUAAGAUCCGAGAGGCUACUAUUCUAGCUCGUCACAUGCAACAGCUGCUUCCAGAACAGGCAACUCCUGCUCCUACUGAGGACCGUCGCCCGCCUGUCCCACAAAACACUGAUCAAGAUCUCCUCGAUCGUCUCGAGAUCAGCUUGGCUUGA